UCUAUCAGACUGUUCAUUCUCGAAGUCUUGUCUCGGCGGGUCGGACCUUUGUGCGAAACUGCGUUCCGAGUUGGGAUUUUUUUUCUGCCCUAGUGGAAAAAUGAUAAUUCUGGACUAACCCUGGAUUACGGUGGAGUUAUUGUAGCGGAAAAGUGACGGAAAGGGUUCCCGGGAGAUUCCCGGGGUGAUUUCGAUCCGUAAUACGAGCUGGAAUAGUGAGUUUCGAGGUAGUGCACCUUAGAGGGUAGACCCCCCAGGAGAAGUUGCAGUAGAGUAGCUGAAGAGUGUGUGUUGGAAAUCUAUUUCGAGUGCUAGUGGAGUGAAGAAAAUAAAAAGUCAAAAUAGAGCUAAAAUUGGGAAAAAUAAGCUCCAAAGAGCAGGGGACUUGAAGUGGUAAAGUUGCAACGUAAAUGUCUAGUGUUGCGUAAAUCCGUGCUCGUAUGCAGCUGAGAAGUUCUACAGCCUGGUGAAGGUUCCAUAUUUGGGGAGAGUGGCCAUUGUGGAGUGUGUUGUUUUGGUUGCCUAAGAAGAAAAAAGUCCACGUCGUGGAAAAAAAUAGCAAAAGAACCCUCUCGACGUUGUCUGCUGCAGUGCGAAGUAAUAAAAAAGUAAGAACUCCUGCGACGCGGAGAUUGUACCGCAGAAGAAGAAAGGUUCAUGUUUUGAAAGUGAAUUCAUUUUGUGUUUUGCCUGUCGAUUCGAGAAGCAGUCACGAGUGUCUGCGAGUCUACGUGGAAAGGUCAACGCAGAGCAGAACAUAAAAAGUGCAUCCAAGCUGGGAUAGAAGAAGGAAGACUGUCGUGGUCGGAAUCCCGGGAAGGGAAAACACAUCGAGCAACAGAGAAACUUUGGAGUACGUAGGAGAGAAACCUGAGUAGCGCGGUGGUUCCUGCCAGGACUGCAAGGAUUCACUUCUAGUCAUCAGACAUCUAACCGGAACAUUCGAGCAAGAGAACGUCAGGAAACAUGGAAUUUGUGGCAGCCAGAAGGAUAUUCUGGUUGGCACAUUAGCGCAAGAGGGAGAUUUUCUAAGAAACGCUGUACCGGAAAAGAUGCAUCAACGCUUCCAUGCGAUCAAAACUAGAUGGAGCACCACUUUCCUGCGGCCACCAACGCGUGAAAGUCCCAAGUCUUCGUCAGCAAACUGCGAACGAGAACGGCCACUAGAAUGACCCGCAGCCGCAGUCAACGUGUCGUCCUGAUACUGGCCCAGCUGCUGUUCGCGUGUGUACACGUGUCGGACCAGACGGAAUGUGCACUUACGGCCGGCUACGGCAGCCUGAGUGGCACGCCCCCGUCCGAUGGAUCGGCGAUUGCGGCCGAGUAUCCGAGCUAUGGCGACGAUAGCGAGGAUGUGAAUAGUUUUCUUAAGGUAUUGAGUUGCUUUGAUACGGGACUACGCACCGUGAAUGAGGUGUAUUUGCGGCCGGUCAACUCGUACAAGGGAGUGCUGCUGGAGCGGGUUCCGGUGGAAGCUCCCGAAGUUGACCAUUUGGCGUUUAAAAAUGAAAACUAUUUGGAAGCGAUACGGUGGAAGGAGAGCAACGUUACGGGACGGCAGCUGGAGUUGACAUUCGCGAGGGAGGACAAAAAGUUCACUAAUUUAGUGAUGUUAGAUUUAAGUGCAAAUAACAUUAGAGCUCUAAGGCGAGACUAUUUCAGCAAGCUAGACAGAUUAAAGCUGCUGAAGCUGUCCGAGAAUCAAUUAUCCAAUCUUCCAAGUGAUAUUUUCUACGACUUAACUAACCUAGAAGAACUGCAGCUGCAGUACAAUAAGCUAAACGAGAUUGUCUUGGGGCAGCUCCGGCCGUUGAGUCGUCUGCGCAUCCUGAACCUGUCAAACAACUCUAUACACGAUCUUCCACGGAACAUCUUCAACGGGCUGAGCAACCUGACCGAGCUGUACCUGUCCAACAAUCGGCUGUACGUGGUGCCAUUUCAAAUCUUCAAAGAGCUGCGCGCGAUUGAAGUGCUGGAUCUCUCGAACAACAUGCUCGUGUCCUUUUUGGACAACUUCUUUCUCACCAACAAGCAGCUGCGCGUACUAAGACUGAACAACAACAUCAUCGAGAAGAUUUCGAAAAAUGCGCUGUACGGUUUGAAGAAGCUCCAACAGUUGGAUCUAUCCUACAACAAGUUGGUAUUCAUCGAUCGUAACGCGUUCGACACGCUGGACGAGCUGCGCCACCUGAACAUCAACAAUAACCAGAUCUACAUCCUCCCGUCGACGGUAUUUUCGUCGUUGAAGAGCCUGCAGACCAUCAACCUGAGCAACAACGUGAUGCGAACUCUGCCCAACUCCAUCUUCUCCAAUCAGUUCAAGCUGGAGCGACUGUACCUGGACGCGACCAACCUGGAAUCGCUCAGCAACUGGGUGUCUCGCAACAACAACACCGUCAACAAGGACAUUCUCAAGAACCUGCACCACCUCUCGAUCCGCAACAACACCCGACUGAAAGAGAUCGAACCGUGCGUGUUCCGCAACGUACCCAGCCUGGACACCCUCCUGCUGUCGAACAAUAGACUGACCAGCCUGCCGAAAGAGAUCGGCGAGCUGACCAAGCUGCGCCACCUGGACGUAGCCAACAACGACAUCAUGUACAUCCCCGAGCAGGUCCGCAACCUGCACCAACUGCAGCAGGCCAACUUCCAGAACAAUGACUACGGCUGCGACUGCCACAUGUACUGGAUCCUCAGCUGGAUCGACGAACUCCAAGCUGAAAACAACACCCAAAAAAUCUACGACCUGCUCCGGCUCCCAGAACUCAAGUGUCGCAACGGCUACCCGGGUGACAUCGUGCGCGUCCUGCAGCACAUCAACUGCUUCAAACCCGAACUGCUGCAAUCAUCCGACAGCAAAAUGCACCUGCUCAAAUCGGACGCCGUGCUGGAGUGCGUGUUUACGGGAAAUCCCCCACCGGACAUCAUCUGGAUCACCCCGAAAAACGAAAUCCUCCGCCACAGCCAGGAGCAGGACCAAAAGUCCCUCCUCUUCGACACCUCCAGCGACGGCACGCCCCACAAGUACCAGCAGGCGGUCGAGUUCCAGAUGUUGACCACGGACAACGUCACCGGCGACGGGCUGCUGCGCGAGAACAUCGGCAUCACGCUGCUCGAGAACGGCUUCCUCAAGAUCCACAACAUCUCGCGCCGCGACAGCGGCCUGUACACGUGCUACGCCAUCAACAUCAUGGGCAACGCCACCGCUGGAAUUAGACUGUACAUCGAUCCGAUCGUGUUCUACCGGGUCAAGAUCGGCAGCAUCAUUACGGGGGCCAUCUCGGCGGUGACCUUCCUGGCGCUGACGCUCAUUUUCCAGGGCAUCCGGCGCAUCUUCAUUCGAUUUCGCAUUAUAGAUUUGAUUUGCCAGAACUGUUGCAGCUACUGCUACCGCAGCGACAAGUCGUCGUCGAAGGCGCGCCAGAUCUACGCCAUGCUGGACAACAUCGAGCACUACAAGAGCCAGCAGCUGGAGCGGUUGAGGGAAAAUUACACGCAACAGGUUCACCGCAUCAAGGAGAACUGCCAGCUGCAAGUUGAGUGGAUCCAGGGCAGCUACUCGACGCAGUCCAAGCACCUGCGGGAGAUUCGGGACAUUGGUACGCACCACUUGACCACGCUGCGCGAUCAGUAUUACGACCAGGUGCGACGCGUCCGGGACUACUCGACGGGCCAGCUGAACUGGGUGCGCGAGAACUACGUGUUCCAGCGCAACAAGAUCCGCAAGUUUAGCGCCCACCAGGCGUUACGACUGCGCGAGGGCUACAAGUACCAGCAGCAAACGCUCAACAAGGUGCUGGAGAAUCUGCCCAGCUUUUACUUCGAGAACUGCCGCGGCCGCAACGAGGACGACGAGGACUUUGAAGGUUUCGAGGUCUACCUGAAGUCCCGCAUCGAGAAACUCUCCCAAAUGGACGCCGCGGCGGCCUCCGCCGUCAUCGCAGCCGCCGCCAUCAAGUACAAGUCGUCCGACUACAACCUCAAGUAUCUGGAGAGCUACUCGGCCAAGAGCGUCGACGAGAGCAAAGCGUCGGUGUACUUUACCCCCAACGAUGGCCAGCUCAGUCCGGAACCGCCGCUGCAGCUGCAACUGUCGCCGAUCCACAUAAACUACAUCGAGCAGGAAGAGGUCGGGAGGCGGGGCGGCGAUACGCCCAAAUCGUUCAAGUCGAUCGUUCCGCCGCCGACGGACGCGAUGAUUGUGCGGUCAAUUUUGAAACCGCCGGCGAAGCUGGCGUACGAUCGGAAUGUGGCGCGGGUGCGGAAGGGUGGCUAUCAACCGAAUCGGCUGAGCGGGGGUUACGGGGGCGGAGGGGACGAGCUUGGGGAGUGCAGUACGAUGCAGUUCCGGUGUUACAACGACGAUGAGAGGGGGAUGCGGGAUUCGGGCGAAGAUGAGGGAAAUUAUAGUCUGAAGCAUAACAGGAAGCAUAAGCGGAAGAGAAAAGUGACGGGAAUGGGUGGUGGUGGUGGUGGUGGGGAAGGCACUUGGGGGAGUGGCGCGGGUUGCGAGUACGAGACGCUGUUGAUGAAGAAUCUGAGCGGAGAUCCGAAAGAGUCCCACUACAAGAUCAUUCACGUAAACAAGCUGGACGGUGGUGGGUUGGGUUACGCCGGGACAAGCGGACUGGGCGCCGGUUGGAUGGCGGGACGGGCGGCUGCGACCCGUAAGAAGCCCCAGCAUACCGGCGAUUACUACUACUCGCUCGAGGACAUGAUCCAGGAAAGUAACGAAAAGAUCCGCAAGCUGAUAUACGAUUCUAAAAUGGACAUUAUGAACGAGGUGAUAACAGGGAGUAGCAAUAGAGAUAAGGUUAGUGCGACCUGGCCCCAGCGGGUCAUGAUGAUCCCGAACGUGACAAAGGUGAAGCAGCAGCAUCAGCAGUCGGCACCGGUGGCCCCGGUCGUCGUCGCCGAAAGCAGUGCCACCACCAGCAGCAGCAGCAGCAAUAACAACAGCGGGCACGGCAGUCGGGACUCUCCCUCGACCUCCCAGAACCUCAACAAUUACCAUCAGCCUUUGAAGAAGAUCCAGAAGCUUCACUUCGAUUCCAGUACAAAUCGCAUCCAAUCGAGCACCAGCUUGCCGGAGAUCUUCUACGACAACCAGUCGUCGUCCAGCUCGAGCGCGUCCACCCUGAUGCACCACCACCACAACUCGGCGGCGGCCACUUCAACCGCCCAACCGAACGGCACAACCUCCAACAAAUCCUCCAACCAGUCCAUCAACCAACAGCAGCAAACCCUCUCGUCCGCAUCCUCAACGGCUUCGAACGUGGCCCUGCCGCCCACCCCCUACCAGCACCACCUUCAGCAGCAGCAGCAGCCAAAAGUGCACGGUAAACAUGUGAUCCUGGCGGUGGAGCCAUCCUCGCCAAAACCCGACGGCGGUGAUGGCGGCAAAUAACACGUCAAUUGAGUUUAUUUCUUUGUUGAAACAUCAUAAUUUAUGCUUUACACAAACUCACUGUUGAACAUUUGAACACGCAAUCCGUGAUUUGUAGGUGUAGUUCGGGAGAUUUUAGCUGAACAUCCGUAGGACAUCGUGUCACACGCGUAGAACGUGCGUGCUACAUUUGCCGGGCGAUUCACCUUUGGUUUGGACGUACAUAUUUGCUAGAGAGAAUCGCGGUGAAAAAGAUGUUAAAAAAUCGUAGUCGACGAUGAAGGUUUUAAAAUACUACAAGAAAAAAAACUAAUUGGAGUUCUUAACUAGCUCUUAGAUUUAUAUAUCAAAAAAACAUAAUUCAACAGAAAGUAAAAGAGAACAAAAAUCACACACGCAGAUAUCAUACACAACACUACUGUUUACGUACGUAAUUAAAACCGCAUGUUAGUAGAAAGGAAUAAGAAUUAUUGCAUGAAACUAAAUGCUACUUGCACUACUACGUUGAAUAAUAUUGUGUAUGAAAUCAAUGAGCAGAACAAACAACUAAAAAGCAAAACUUCAAUAAAAGAAGUGCAAACCUUUUAAGGUGGUUGAUUAUAUAUAGAGGAAAACAAAAAUCCACAAACACACACACACACAAACAGAAGAAGAAAAAACUCAUUCACACUCAGCAAAAAAACACAGAGCGAGAGUCAACUGAUGAUUAUGAACAGUGAUGAUGACGAAAAGGGUGGGAGGAAUAUUAAUAUACAAAACUAAACAAUACAAUAAUAAUAAUAAAAAAACAGAAGAAUUUCAUUGGAUAUGGAAUACCCUAGAUGACAAAAGAGGAAAAAUAUAUCAAAUUUAAUUAUCUCAA